AUGGAAGGAUAUACGGACUUUAAAGUUUCGCCGUCACUCGUCGAGACCAUGAUUGGCGACAUGUUCUUCAGAAACGAAGAAAUGCUGGACAAUGCCGAAGACGACGAUGAAGACGAACUUGUAGCGAAUGACGCAGCAGAGGGAAUAGCCACGAAAAUCGCCAAGAAGUCCAGCGACAAGACGCAUGCGAUGAAGUUAUUCGUCAAGAUCUCGGAGACAGGAUUACUUCAUCAUUGUCAAGAAUUUGAUGCGUUACGAAGUCGCAUUGGACCAUCGCUGAGCGACGACGUGAAGCUAGACGUCGUGCGCGAGGUCGAUACCCACGCGAAAAAACUAUUGGUUGCCCAGCAGAGCGUGCGAGAAAAGCGCGAAACCAAAAAUCUGCCUUGCGAGAAAGAUGCACCGCCUGCCUUGUCUGCGAAGCUUGUCAAGAAGUCGCCGUGA